ACUUCUCGACAUUCCGGUGUACCGGAUUCUGAUUCCGGAACGGACAUUGCUUCACGUUGGCCUGGAUUGAUUUACGUUAAACAAUAUCAACAUUCUACUGUAAGAUUGAAUCUUGAUGAUCUCGCCGCCCGAUUUCUCGUUUGAGUGAUUUUGGCUGAUAAAAAUGAAGAGAUUUUAUGGAGGACUUCUUGUUGUAUCAAUGUGUAUGUUCUUGACGGUGUAUAGAUAUGUUGACUUGAAAACUCCUGUUGAAAAGCCUUUUAUUACUGCUGCUGCUUCUGUUGUUGUUACUCCUAACACCACUCUUCCUAUGGAAUGGCUGCGGAUUACACUCCCUGACUUUAUGAAAGAAGCGCGGAACACUCAAGAAGCGUUAUCUGGUGACGAUAUCGCUGUUGUUUCGUGUUUGUUUGUUGAGCAGAAUGUGUCUAGGGAAGAGAGAGAGCCUUUGCUUACUUGGAACCGUUUGGAAAGUCUGGUUGAUAAUGCACAGAGCUUAGCUAAUGGAGUUGAUGCUAUUAAGGAAGCUGGCAUUGUUUGGGAGAGUCUUGUGUCAGCUGUUGAAGCUAAGAAACUAGCUGAUGUGAAUGAAAAUCAAACGAGGAAAGGGAGCGAAGAGCUUUGUCCUCAGUUUCUGAGCAAAAUGAAUGCUACUGAAGCUGAUGGGAGUAGUCUCAAGUUGAAAAUUCCUUGUGGUUUGACUCAGGGUUCCUCCAUCACAGUUAUUGGCAUCCCAGAUGGUCUUGUUGGUAGUUUUCGGAUUGAUCUAACGGGACAACCGCUUCCAGGGGAGCCUGAUCCGCCCAUUAUUAUGCAUUACAAUGUUAGGCUUCUUGGUGACAAGUCGACGGAAGACCCUGUAAUUGUUCAAAACAGCUGGACGGCGUCUCAUGAUUGGGGCCCUGAGGAACGCUGUCCAAACUUUGAUCCUGAUAUGAAUAAGAAAGUGGAUGACUUGGAUGAAUGCAACAAGAUGGUUGGUAGAGAAGUAAACCGAACUUCUUCUACUAGCUUGCAGUCCAACACUUCAAGGGGAGUUCCAGUAGCUAGGGAAGCAUCUAAACAGGAAAGAUACUUUCCUUUUAAGCAGGGUUUCUUAUCAGUUGCUACACUUAGGGUGGGAACAGAAGGAAUGCAAAUGACAGUUGAUGGGAAACAUAUAACCUCAUUCGCUUUCCGCGAUACACUGGAGCCAUGGCUUGUCAAUGAAGUACGGAUUACGGGUGACUUUAGGUUAAUAUCCAUUCUUGCCAGCGGUUUGCCCACAUCUGAAGAAUCAGAGCAUGUUGUUGAUGAUCUAGAGGCACUAAAAGCACCUCCCCUUUCACCAUUAAGGCCACUAGAUCUCGUUAUUGGUGUUUUCUCCACUGCAAACAAUUUUAAAAGACGGAUGGCUGUGAGAAGAACAUGGAUGCAAUAUGAUGAUGUAAGAUCUGGAAGAGUUGCAGUACGCUUUUUUGUUGGCCUUCACAAAAGUCCUCUUGUUAACCUGGAACUCUGGAAUGAGGCUCGGACUUACGGUGAUGUUCAGCUAAUGCCUUUUGUUGAUUAUUACAGUCUCAUCAGUUGGAAAACACUAGCCAUCUGCAUCUUCGGGACAGAGGUUGACUCAGCCAAGUUCAUCAUGAAAACGGAUGAUGACGCCUUUGUUCGUGUAGAUGAAGUACUACUUUCUUUAUCAAUGACCAACAACACUCUCGGGUUAAUAUACGGUCUGAUCAAUUCUGACUCUCAACCUAUUCGAAACCCCGAUAGCAAAUGGUACAUCAGUUACGAGGAAUGGCCUGAAGAGAAAUAUCCACCAUGGGCGCAUGGUCCAGGCUACAUUGUAUCCCGGGACAUAGCAGAAUCGGUUGGUAAGCGUUUCAAAGAAGGAAACCUAAAGAUGUUUAAGCUAGAAGACGUGGCAAUGGGGAUAUGGAUCGCUGAGCUGACAAAACAUGGACUCGAACCUCAUUACGAAAACGAUGGAAGGAUCAUUAGUGAUGGAUGCAAGGAUGGUUAUGUGGUUGCUCAUUACCAAAGCCCCUCCGAAAUGACUUGCCUUUGGCAACAAGAAGCUGAAGUUGGAACAGAGACAUCAUCUGUUUCCGGAAGAUUUUUGAGGAACAGAGAUUUAUAUCUCUUCUUGCCUUUUCUCUUAGGUUUCUCUGAUCAAGAAUCAUCAAACGGAGAUGAUGAUGAUGUUGCAUCGUCGCGUGAGAGAAUCAUAUUAGUCAACCCUUUUACACAAGGAAUGAUCGUGCUAGAAGGAUCAUCGGGAAUGAAUCCUCUGCUUCGUGACAUACUGGAGUCACGUGAGGAAGGUCGUCCUCCUGCGUCCAAGGCUUCCAUCGAUGCGAUGCCGAUCGUUCAGAUCGAUGGUUGUGAAGGAGAGUGUGUGAUCUGUUUGGAGGAGUGGAAGUCCGAUGAGAUGGUGAAGGAGAUGCCGUGUAAGCAUAGGUUUCAUGGAGGAUGUAUAGAGAAAUGGUUAGGGUUUCAUGGGUCGUGUCCUGUUUGUAGGUACGAGAUGCCUGUUGAUGGAGAUGAGGUUGGGAAGAAAAGGAACGAUGGGAGUGAGAUUUGGGUUAGGUUUAGUUUCAACGAUGGUCCGAGAAUUAGAGAUUCUUCUGGUCAGGAAGGUGGAAACAACGAUGGUGAUGGUAACACUAUUGGAUCUGGCACAAGACCUGUUGUUGAGUCCGAGGAUUAGGAUUUACAUAAGAAGCUUUUGUAAAAACUUAUGCCUUUUUUUGUUUGGUUUCUUUUUGUUCUUGUUUUGGGGAAAAGUUGAUAGAGCUUUUUUUUCUUUUCCCAUGAAAAUUUGUUUUGU